CACUCCUGUCGCAUUGAAGGAGUGCUUCAUCCCGCUGAACCCCGUGAGGUUCAGCAUUUCCAUGUUGGCUGUCAUGGAUGCUGUUGUCCCUUCCCAUCUUCCUACCCCUGAGUGCACCGCUGUUCCACAUGACAAAACGAAACCUGUCGUGGAACGUAGGCGGAAAGCUGUUGCCUGCAAGAGGAGACCUGCAAAGCGCCAGGUUGAGGCAACACCCAGUGUUGUGGAGGUGUGUCCCCGUCCCACACCUGCCAGUCCUGUGAAAGUGGUUGCUGCUGCAGAGGCUCAGGUGACACCAUGCGUGGUGGACACAUCCCCAGAGCCUUCACCUGCCACGGCUGUGGAAGUGGUUGCUGCUGCGCAGGAGGAGGAGGCCCCGGUGACACCAGGCGUGGUGGAUGCCUUCCCAGACCCAUCACCUGCCACAGCUGACGAGGAGGAAGUCAGCACACCAAGAUCUGUCAAAGAUGAGUAUGAUGCUAACCCAAUUUCUUGCAGGUGUUUAGAAAACGAGCCAAUAGCACCAGUAGUUUCCGGUAAACUCAGAGCAGCACCAUUAACUCAGGAUGUAAAUGUAUCAAUAGCGGGUAGUGUUGUAGCUGCGAUAAAACAUGCAAUUGCUCCGGUUUGUACAUGGCGAGGGAAAGAUAUUGAUGAUAUCUGUGCAGAAGGCAGCAAGUUGGCCAGUUUAGUUGCUGAAGGAAGCCAGGACAGUGUUGAGAUUAAACUGUGUAAAUUGAUUGAACAGGGUAGUUUGUUUGGCAGGAAGUGGAAGGUAGACGUUGCCUCGCCAGUGUACGGAGAUUUUGGGUUUUUGGAUGACAACAGUGUGAUGUAUGAACAGCUACAGGAAACUUUGCUGAGUGAUGGAAUGUGUUUGUUGAACCUCCAAGGUUCAGUCAGUGCAAUUAUUCAUCACAAUAAGUACUUUGUGGUAGUUGAUUCUGGGACUCGUGAUGCAUCUGGGCUGGCAUCUAGUUUUGGCAGAUCUGUAGCUGUUUUCAACACAUCCGUGCGUGACCUGAUGUAUCAUAUCAGACAUCUUAAGAGGUCUUUGGGUGCCCACAGUGCUCUGGCUCAUCAACGUCUACGUCAGGGACGCCUUGACGAGGCUCGACGAGACGAGAGCCAGAGUCACUUCCAUCUUUGGUGAUCUUUUGAAGAUGGACUCCACCAAGAAGAUCACCAAAAAGCUUGCGGGCGGUGCUGCCGGGACGGCCGCCUGGGUCACCAACGUCGGCAAUGAGUACGGGCAGGUGCUCAUGUCUGUCCUCACCGCAGCUGAGGGGGGCGGACUUGUCGACAUGGCGGCCGGACUGAUGCGGCGGUACCGCGAAGCCAGGAAGGCCCCUCCAAGGGUCCUGU